UCCGCCGAUGGGAGCGGCCGGCAGGGUCGCCGCCCUGAAGUGUCCUUGUAGAGGCGCCUCGGACGCCGCGGAGCAGACGCACGCCUGCGAGCGGACCGUUGACUUGUCCGGACACCGGAGGCCGUGGGCAUCUCAGCAAUGCUGUGUCGGGCGGCGAGCAGCGCGGGCAGGAGGCUGGGCCCGGCGGCCAGUGUCGCGGGCUCCCGGCACAAGCACAGCCUUCCCGACCUGCCUUACGACUAUGGCGCGCUGCAGCCGCACAUCGACGCGCAGAUCAUGCAGCUGCACCACAGCAAGCACCACGCGGCCUACGUGAACAAUCUGAACGUCACCGAGGAGAAGUACCACGAGGCACUGGCCAAGGGAGAUGUUACGGCUCAGAUUGCUCUUCAGCCAGCACUGAGGUUCAAUGGUGGGGGCCAUAUUAAUCACUCCAUAUUCUGGACGAACUUGAGCCCUAAUGGUGGUGGAGAACCCAAAGGAGAGUUGCUGGAGGCUAUCAAACGUGACUUUGGGUCUUUUGAGAAGUUUAAGGAGAAGCUGACAGCUGUGACUGUUGGAAUCCAAGGUUCAGGCUGGGGCUGGCUUGGCUUCAACAAGGAGCAGGGUCGCUUGCAGAUUGCUGCCUGCGCUAACCAGGAUCCAUUGCAAGGAACAACAGGCCUUAUUCCAUUGCUGGGGAUUGAUGUGUGGGAACAUGCCUAUUACCUUCAGUAUAAAAACGUCAGACCCGAUUACCUGAAAGCUAUUUGGAAUAUAAUCAACUGGGAGAAUGUCACUGAAAGAUACACAGCUUGCAAGAAGUAAAGCCUCAUCACCAUAUUGAGCAUAUCAGGCCCUUGAUGGCUACUUUUGUAGUAGUAUAAAGUGCUGCAGCUACUGUGACUGCGCUGUUGUUGACAUUUAUUGAUGUACGUCCACAUAGCUGAUGACUAGGAUGUUAAGAUAAUUUCUUAUUCUUAAUUAAACUUACAAUUAGGCAACUGUUUGAGAACAGUACAUAUUCUGUGUGAAUUAUUCUUGAUUGAACAUUUUCAUUUGAACCUUGAAUUGCUAGGAUGCUCUGUCAUUGUAAGACUACCAAAAAUAUUCUAUCUCAAUGUUUUGGGGGCCUACUGGAGAGUCUAAUCCUGUUCUACUGCAGUUAGAAAAAAAAUGGAGUUGUUCCCCCACCUCGAGUUGUUAAACAAUAAAAUAGUUCAUUUUCUAUUAAAAAUUGCUAUUUUUGGUAAGUAAGCCUUUGCUUAGUAGAUAUCACCUAGUGGUCUUUAUUUAUGGUCACAGUUCUGCAUGAGAAACACAAUUUUUUUAUUUGAAAUCUGUAACUUGAGGCUAAGGAUGUAGUUCAGUGGUAGAGCUUUAGUGUGCAAAGCCCUGGGUUCUACUUCAGUACUGAAAACAAAUCAACAGAACCCAUAGCUUGGUUACUGAGUGAGAACUGUUUUAUUAUAAGAGGAGUCUAAUUGUGCCUCUGGGGUUUUUCUAUAGGCAGAGAUGGAAAAACAUUUAAUAUUGUCUUUAAAAACCAAUUGUAUGAAGUGUUCAACGUGGACUAUUAGGGCCUGCCUGAUGAUGUCAACCAUGGGGACUGGGCCACAGGGCAUUCUGGGAAGCCACCUAGCCCCCUUAAUUGUGCUGGAGAACUGGACCCUGGGCCAGAUGGCACAUUUCUCAGUAGAGGCAAAUGGAUUUCUGAGUGAAGUUAGAAGGGUGUCUUCAGAACAUUAGUUUUCAGAGACAUUUAUUUUUAUUUUAUCUAUAGUUUCAAAAUUUUAUAGCUACCAGAGGGGCUUUAUAUUAUGUUCUUCAGUAAAGGGAGGGACUUUCCAUGACAAGAUGACACAGUGUUUCUGAUUGUGUUCCUGUGCAGAGUUGUAUGUGGAGUUGUGCCCUGUGGAAAUGCCACAGGGGCCCUUGUGAAUUUGCCUUUCAUAUUUUGUUUUAGCAUCUUCCUAACUGUCUUUAAUGACUAUGCAAUGUUUUAAUCAAUUGGACAUGCCAUUUAUAGUUCCAUUACUGGGUAGUUCAUUUGUGCUUAAUUGUUGUUUAUUACCAAAAAGGCUGUGUCAGCAACCCCAUGCAUUUGAAGUACUUCUUACUGAUUGGGGUCUUUUUUAAGGUUCAUCUUAUUUGCAGUUAUGUGUGUCUGUGUAUGUCUGUUCAUAUGAAUGCAGGUGCCCAUGGAAGACAGCAGAUAGUGUUGGAUCUCUCAGAGCGGAAGUAGUUACAGUGGCCGAAGCCACCUGAUGUGGGUGUGGGACUUGGACUGGGGUCACCUGCAAGAGCAAUAAGCACUUAACCACUGAGCCACCUCUCCAGCCCCUGCAUUUUUUCUUUCUUUUUCUUUUUCUUUUUUUUUGGUUAAAUACUGAGUCUUUUUUUUUCUUCUUAAAUCUAUCUUGUAAUUUAUUCCAAGUUUUUUUUAAUCCUCCCCUCAAGUAUAUUUUCCUUUUUUUUUUAAUGGAAAAAUGGAGUGACUUAGAAGUUUCAGUAUUGAAGACUGAAGUUUAAAAAACAAAACCAAACUUAAAUUCAAAGCACUUUAUAACAGAAGCUCAUCAGGUGUUUUCAGCGUCAGUGCUGAUCGGUCCUGGUGGCUCCUUUUGUAUGUUUAUACUUGUGUGUGGAGGGACUCAGAAGACUGAGUAGCAGCCAGUUGUAUGGGACAGUGACAGGACUGAGCAAAUGAGAGUCAACAUGGUUCCACUUUGUUUACAAGGCAGUGAACUCUUUUAAACAGACUUUUUAGGAAAGUGGGACUUUGAUGGAUAGACUUUGGAAAACAAGUCUUAAGAUCAGUUUUCUUGAACUAACAAAGAUUUGCAGAGACUACUGACUUUAUAAAACUUUGACUCAUACUAAGCUUUCAGAUUAAAAAAAAUUCAAUGGUGAAAUUUCUAUGAGGCUCUAUUUUUGCUGUGGCUUUCUGUUGUCAAGAAUGAGGAAUGGCACCGUGUUCAUUCGGUUAAAGUCUCCCGAUGCAUAGAUUUUUAAGAGACCAGGAGAAUUUACAAACUAAAAUAAUCCAGUGUAAAAUAAGGCUUAGAUUGGGAAGAAAUAUGUGUUAAGUGUGUGUGAGUAUGUGUGAGUGUGUGCAACAAGAUCAGCAGUGUGUUGUCCCAGUCAUGGUUGAACUGACAGGCAUCAGCAUAUACUGGGGAGAAACAAGGAAGCUAUUUCCUUUGAGGUAGUAUCUGCUGCUUGAACUAUUGUGCAUUAAUUAAACUUUGGAGUUAAGAAAUUGCCUUAUUGCAUUCUGAAAUUCUUGGCCUACAGUGAGAUCUGAAUUUCUGUUAAGCACCUUUAUAAAAAGUAUUGAAGCCAUAUAGUCAGGACUGAUAUGUAUUGUGUGUGGUGUCAUAGUGAAAACUAGGUAUAAAUACUGGCUUUUUUUUUCCUGUUGUAAUUCAGUUAAACUGCUUUCAGGAACACUGUUAGGUACGUUUUUAAAUAAGUCACAGCAAAGCAUAUCCUGCUGAUCCCAGGAAGCUAGCAUUUGUCUUCUGAACAUCAUGUCUAGCACCUGCUGAAAAGUCUGUAAGGUAGUUUUCGCUUAAAUAUUGAUCAAAGAAGUGUUUAUUUUCCUAUUGUAAGUGCAAAGUGGUGUUGAUUGUUAAUAAAAAUAGUCUGUCAACUAUCAA